AAUUUGGAUAAGUUUAUUUAUAACAACUUUGUAAUAGAUCAUGGAUAUUAAAUUUCUAAAAGAUAUAUUUCAUUUUUAGCUUUCAUUAUUAAUCAAUAUAUCGUCGCUUCUGAAUAAAAGGGUGUUAACUUAGAAACCGUUUGAAAAGGGCGUUAACUCGGAAGCCGAUUAAAAACGGCGUUAACUCAGAAGCUGGUUGAAAAAGGCGUUAACUCGCGCCCUCAAAAUUUUUGCUUCAAUUUAAGUUUUGACAGUAUUGUUUCUACCUAUAUGUGCAUAUUCAUUUUCGUUUCAAUACGUUUAUGUUUUAAAUUAAGCACUAAAAUUAUUUCGGCAGUGUUGCGAAAAUAAAUAAAGCGAAAAAUUUUAACAGGUGAAUCAACGCCUUUUUCAACUGGCUUUCCACUUAAUGCCUCUUCCAAUCGGCUUCCAAGUUAAUGUCCUUUUCAAUCGGCUUCCGAGUUAACGUCCUUUUCAAUCGGUUUUUGAGUUAAAACCUUUUUCAAUCGGCUUCAGAGUUAAAGCCUUUUUCAAAACGGCUUCUGCCUUAACGCCCUUUUAUUCGGAAGUGACAAUAUAAAAAUAUCAUAUAUAGAGUAAUGAAAAAAUAAAAAAUAAAAAGGAAAGUAUUGAAGCAUUCGUUUUUUCGUGGAAUAAAGUCGUAUAUGCUUAUGCAUACACCGAAUGUUGUCGUAGACACAUGCGCGCGCGCUCACACACACACACACACACACACACAACAAAGGCAAUGUAAUAAAUCGUGCAAAAUAUAAAAAAAUUGCAUUCGUGGAAAGAUCGAAUUACAAAUUAAUGAAUAAUCUUCGAUCUUUCGUACGAUUCUCUCUUCCUUCUUCUUCUCGCAUUUCGUUAUUUCAAUGAUUUUUGCACUUCUUGCCUUGUUAUGUUUUUCCUCAUUUGAGGAAAAAAGUUACAUAAUUGGUCUGUUCUUUUUCGCUGCACUGCUACACUUGUGCAAUAAGUUAGAAUGAAACAAAUAUGUAUGUAUCACAGUCUAAUUUAUUACAUAAGUGCAACAGUGCAGCGAAAAAGAACAAGAACAACCUAAAUGAUGUCGAUGAAAAUACGACGAAAUUUGAAUAUUUGAAGAGUCGAAUAUAUAUAGACGAUUAUGAAUCUCAUUUAAUAAUGUAAGCGGUAAUAAAUUGCGUGACUAUUUGUUUUCCUAAUAUUUGAUAAAAGUCGCGUGUUUACUGUAUGUAUAUUGUAAAAAUGCCAAGUAACAUUUAAUCAUAGUUUAAAAUGCGUUAAGGGUGACUUGUUAUUUUGUCCAUAUGUGAUUCAUUGUUGAAUCUCUAAUAUGUACGAAACGCAUUUGCAACUUUACCAUUUUAGUCGGAUUUUUGUUAUCUCUUUUGUAUAUAUGUAGGUUAAAUAAAUAAUAAAACAUUUCUUACAACACUUCGCGGAAGAGUUUAUGUGAAAAAUUAUAUUUUUUAUUACAUCAUUUGAUUAAUCAAUUGGAAUUAAAUUGUAUAAAGUUGAUUUAUAUAGCUUUUUUAUUAUUUGUUAAAAGAAUUAUACGAUCAUACACAGAUAUGUUUAAUAAUUAAAUCAAAUUCAUGCAAGUUAUGAAAAAAAAGAAUGAUGAAGGGAGAGAAAUGCGUUAAUGUUAGUAAUACUAAUUAACUCUUUUUCCGUCUGUGAUGAUAAAUAAAAGAAAGAAUAAAUUGUCGUGUGGUCUUGUGGUCUUAAUUAACAUAGCAAUCGACUGGCGGAUCAAUACCGAUGUGACCCUUAAGGUCACCUCUGAUAUUUCUUCUUGAAAUUCAAAUUAUAAAUGCGUGUAACUGUUAAAUAUAUAUUUUAAUAAGAUUAAUGUAAUUCACUGUGAAAUUUUUAGCUAACAUUCUCGCGCGCAUUCGACAUGAAACAGAUAACGCCGUAUUAGGAAUAUAUUUUUGAAGUAUAUGCGUAAUGUAUGUAGGCACAUUCUCAGCUGAUACAUAUGUGUAGUAGAACAAUAACGUGUCGCUAAUCGUUACGCCAAUGUGAGAAUGAACUAUGUGAACACAGACGCAUUCAGAUAUUACAGAUAUAUAUUUGCAAAGAGUAAUAUAUAUUGCGCGCAUUUAUUUGUAUGUAUACGUAUGUAUACGUAUGUAUACACAAUAAUGCGUAUAAACCUAUUUAUAUUGUUACUAUUCAGGAUGGAUAUUUCAUAUGCAGUGAAGAGAAUUUCCAUUUAUAGAGCUUAAAUCGACUUGAUAUUUGUGAGAAUAUUUUUUAUUUCCCGGUUGGAGACUCGCAUAAAAAACAUAAGCCAAACGACACUUUCGAAUAUGCAUAUGUAUAGAUAUAUGCAGGUAUACGUAAAGAGAAAUGUGACAUGUGCAUAUACUUUUAUGACUAUGUAUUAUAAAGAUGAUGUAUUUACACGCACAUGAUAAGGGAAGAUAUCCUCUUCUAUUAAUGGAAGAGCCUCUCGUUGAUGUUUUUAAUUACAUAAGAAGUAACAAAUAUAUAAAAAAUAUAUAUAUGUAUAUGUAUAUAUAAUAAAUAGUUUGUGCGUUCGUGUGUGCGCGCGCGCGCGCGCGUGUGUGUGUGUGUACACAUAUACGAUAAGUACAAAAAAUUUAAACGAAGUCUUGGCUUAUUUUAUGAAAAAAUUCGAUUAACCAUAUAUCUUAAAGUGCUUUGUUUUCAAAAUAUUGGGUAUUAAAGUUGAGAAAGAAAUAUGAAAAUCUAUAGAAAACGCUUAUAAAAAUAUUUAAUUUAAAAUUAAUAUGCGUGCCUAUGAUAUUAAGAAUUAUUUUCUAAUAUUGAUAAAACUUUUAGACCCAGGGGCAUGCGUAUAAUAAUAAUAUUUAUUUUUUAAAUAAAAGAAUUUAAACUAAUUUUUCUAAAUAAUACACCACAUACUAAGAUUUUUAAGGAAUUUAACAAUUUUUUUAACUCUUAAUUUGAAAGUAUGAAAAUUGCCUUUUUCUAGCUAUUUUUGAAUUAAAAUAUAAAAUAAAAACUUAUAAAUAAAUACUAUAAAUACAUGAAACAGUUUUAAUCUUGUGUAUGUGUGUGUGUGUGUGGUUAUAGGAUAUUUUUAUAAUAAAAUAAGCCAUGGAAUAUUCUCUUAAUUUUUUUGCAUUUAGCUAUCUUUCGGUAUAUGCACGACCGUACACAUACAUACACGCGAAUAUAAAAUUGCGUGUUUAUAUGUAUAUAUCACAUAUAUCUAGAUUUUUAAGUGUAGAUAUUUUUUGGUAACUUGUUACUGUAAUAUAAUUAGACCGGUUAAGUGUAUAUAUGCAUAUACAUAUGUAUGCGCGCGCGUGUGUAUACACAUACAAACACAUAUACAAAUUUUAUAUAUAUAUUGUAAAUAAAGAAUAUUAGCGAAAGAGCUUCUGUCAUUGCGUGACAGCUAAUCAAAAUUUUGUUAUCGUUAAAUAAUGGACAACAGAGUUCUUUGAUUAUUCAUAAGACAUAGUUACUAUUUUGCGUAUUAAAUUCGAAGAUUGUAGCGAUGAUGCAACUUGAUUUUUGUUAUUCAUUAUGUAUAUUGUGUGUGUGUGUGUGUGUGUGUGUGUGUAUGUGCGUGUGUGUGUGUGCGUGUGUAUGUGCGUGCGUGCGUGCGUGCGUGCGUGCGUGCGUGCGUGCGUGUGCAUGUACAUCUUUAAGCUUAAUCAUCCAAGGAAACAUCGAUAUUACUACAAUGAAGAGUUGUUUGGCUUUAUUUUAUAUAUUUCUGUAUUUAUAGUAUUUAUUACAUUUUUCAUAUGUUGAUGUAAUAAAGUUUUAGGUAUAAUUACAGAUUUUCUCCUGUACAUCUCUUAUCUUUAAAAUCUUACCUUUUUAUAUUUUUUAAGAUAUUUGAGUAUAAUUUUUAUUACAAUUUUUUGGAAUUCAGAAACUUGUACUUAUUAUGUGCAAGCAAAAUUAUAGAUUUUUUGUGAGGCAUCAUCCCUAUCUUUUGUUUCAGUUUCAAAUUAAUUUUUUGACAGAGCACUUUCUUUGUACAAGAGACUUAUUUUAAUUAUUUUUGUAAAUCUACAAGUGAAACUAUUUAAAAUAAAAUUUUACAUGUUACAUUAACUUUCAUAUCAAUAAAAACGCAAAACAAAAGUAUAUUUUAAUAUCACUUUUCGAUUAAUUCGAUUACUGAUUUUUAUCAUAGGUUAAACAUAUACGUAUAUACAUUUGGAUUAUCUAAAUAUCUCAAGAGAAAUGUCGAAAAGUAAAUUUUCACCGAAAUUAGAAGGCACGGAAAAUUUUGGCAGUAUCGGCAAUGGCGAUACAAGACAAAUUAAAGAAAAGAAAGUUCCAUUUCGGAGUGAUUUCGGAAAACGAUUGCAUCGUUUCCGAGUUCUAACACCACGAUCGUUUAUUCUUCGAGGUUCCCGUGCAAUGAACGAUCGCCGCUUCACGGUGAAAAGUCGAGGACGACAAGCGGCGCCGUGCUCGAUAAUAGCCAUCGUUUACGGUCGCCUGUUUGAACUAAAGGAGUGGAUGAGAGAUCAUGUCGAUCAAGUACUAGAAUAUGGUGACAAAUUGUUUCAUAUAAGCUUGACAAGGAGUCAGCUAAAAGACGAAGAGUACAUGAAAACUAAUCUCGUUCAUAAUGAGUUCUAUAUUGGUUUCUACAAAGUUCUGGUCAGUAUUGAAGACAGCGGUAUCCACGGCAAUCUCUUUAGCAAGUCAAUUGGUUCAGAUUUGGCCGAAGGCCUUCGAAAAUUUCUAAAGAGUAACGAUUCCGGAGUGAUCACCGUUCAGGGUACUUCCGUCGCAGUGUGGCGUCAGUCUGACGAUGAUGGCUUCUUCUAUUAUGAUCCAGCAUCAUGCGACGAGACUGGUUUGCGUUAUCCUGAUGGUACUGCUUGCCUCAUGAGAUUUAAGAAUAUGAAUGAUUUACACGACCAUUUGCUGAAGAACCUGAAUUGGCGCUAUGACUCUCGAUAUUGCAUCGACAAGGUCACCGUAUUGCGUGUCACAAAGGUCGGCCGUGGAUUCGUUGGUCGUCUAGAUGUCAUCGGUCCGCCAAUAGUUCGGAAAAGUGUAUUACGAUCUAUUAAUCAUGUGGAUAUCGAUGAUCACAAAGUGGAUUGCACUAAGCCUCUGCCUAAAGAGGAAACGUUGCAAACACUCGCAAGGAUUGAGAAAGAACCGUUGUUCAUCACUAUUUCAAAUUAUAGUAUCGAUCGAAGUUUUGCUACGCAGUUGCUGGUGAAUCGAAAUGAUUUUGACACGGGAUAUUCAUAUGAUGACAUGCGCGUGAACGUCCCGUCCACAUUUAAAGAAUUACCCGGUAAAAUAGCGAUUCUUCAUGGUCUGACCCAUGAAGAGAGUGAUAUGUAUAAGGGCAAGGGUGAACAAAAUGUAGCAAAUUGUGUAAUGGCUAUCGCUAUGAAGAAAGUGCAUCCAGUAAAGACAUGGAUGAUAUCGAAGCUGGACGAAAUUCUAAGGUUAGGCGACUUACUAUACGCUAAUGUUAAAUUUAACAAACCAACAAUAAAGAUGAUGACGGCUGCCGAUUUAAACAACACAAAAAUCCAAAUAGAAGAUCGUAAACUAAUAGUAGAUGUCGACUUAAUCACCGUGACUGGUACAAUUAAUUCAAAAGUACCACCGGUUUUGAACCUGAAACAGGCAAUGGAAGAGUUUUUUCUGCUGAACGAGGAAGGUGUGAUCGAAACGACUUCAAUGGCAAUGGCAGUUUGGAGUCAGGAUAGCUGUUACUAUCUUUUCAAUCCGCGAUCUUGUGAUGCUGCCGGGAUCAGGAUAAGGGAAGAGAAGACUGUUAAAAUUGCAAAGAGAGAUAAGGAAGAGGAAUUUGAACAAAACGAUGAGAAGGAGGUAGGAAAUUGUUGCGUGAUUCGAUUUCCAGAUGUGAACUCUUUGGUUGCGCUAUUCUUAAAGAACGUUGAUCCUACGAAAAAGAAUGAUCGGUUCAUUAUCCGACAUAUCACAAUCAUGGACGAUGUGCCUGGCACUCGAGCUUGGAAUGACUUUCAGCCCGGCAUAGCUGGUAAAACAUGGGUAUUGCGAGGUAGAAUAUCCAACAUGGAUGAAUCAUUCGAGGAGAACCAAGGACUUCAAAGUCUCGCCAUGUCAGUUGUGGCCUUGGUGAAUGCGAAGGAAACACCAGCAGCAAAAUGGAACAGCGAGACCAUCGAUGAAGUAAUUAGGGAAGGCGACACUUAUUAUAAUUGGUGCAAACCUGCCGAAAUGGAAGAAAAAAGAUUAUUUCUUGUUCGGGAUCUCAAGAAAAACUUGUACUUUAAAAAUAGAAAAGUAACUAUCGAUAUCGAAGAGGCAACGGUUGUCGGGGAUUUAUUGGCAUCGGAUGAUUCUAAAGCGCUAACUUUGGAAGAAGGAUUACGUCAAUUUUUUGAGAUCAAACGUUACGGAGUAAUUGAGACGAAAAAACUUUCAGCAGCUGUGUGGAAAGAGGAAGAGGAGAUUAAAAACAAAGAUAAAAAAGAGGAGACAUUUUAUUAUUAUUUCGACCCGAACCCUCGUGAUAAAUUAGGUCAAUUGUCGACAGAGAGAAACGAAGAGAAUUCUGCCUGCUUGGUGCGUUCUUCGAAUCUUUCAGCGUUAACAGAUCUUAUUAAGAACAAUGCGGGAAAAGAUGUUGAAGGCGGAGACGAUUUUAUGAUACACGAGUUGAAGAAUGUUUUUAUCGGUGCGUUGAUGACAAACGAGGAAAUCGAGGCAGACAAACAGAUACCAAUCAUGCCAAAUUUGAAUAAUUAUUCCAACUUAGGCAACACUGGAGCUUUACUUUUAGGUACCAUCGAUCAAAAAAAUGAAAUGACUUUUAAACGACCAACGAGAGAUAAACAACAGGCCGCUAAUUCUCUGACAACAUUGGCUAUGACAAAACUUUAUGAUCCUUUUCUAUGGUAUCGCGAGCUUGUAGAUGACAUUUUGAGAAUAGGCGAUAAAUUCACCAACAAGAAUUUGAUGAAUCUACCUGAAGUGGAAACUGAGGAGGAACUACCUCGAAAUUAUCUCCUCCCGUCGGAAAUCACAGAGGAUUUCGCCAUUGGAGUUAAUCGAAUGUUGAUCGAUCUUGAAGAAGAAUCCAUUACCGGAAGAAUGACUGACGUGACGAGACUGUUGGAACAGUUUUUUGAAAAAAAUGCGAUGGGAGUAUUUCGUCAGGGUGACGUAAUGAUGCCGAUUUGGAAAGAGGGCGAAGUGUUCUUUACAAUGGAUCCCAGAGGCAGGGACGUUCAGGGCGAACCGAGAGAUGGAACUGCGGCAGUAAUGUGGUUCACCGAUAUUCCUUCAUUAGCUGGUGUCCUUCGGGCAGUUGCACGGGAGGUUGACGAUUUUGUCAUCGAUGCUGUCUCAAUCGAGAAUGUUUAUGAGACACGAGUGACUGAAGCUGAACGUGUUAAGAAGACAACUUCUGGUGAAGAUUUGUGGCAUCAUUUUCCGAAACUCGACAACGGUGUUUGGCACAUCGACGGUAACAUCACUAUGACGCACGAAAUGUUGAACAAAGCAAAUCACGGCAAGCAAAGUGCGGCUAUUGCAGCGAUGGCUAUCGUCUUCUCCAAGGUCUAUCAACCGAGACAGUGGACAUCAUCAGUUCUUGACGAAAUUAUCAUUACUGGCGAUAAGUUGCAUUCAAAGUGUGUCGAAAGACUCGGCAACGAUUCGAUACCCCUAAUAAAUGAGAUCAUUAGUGAGUUUUUUCUGUCCUCCCGGCGCAUCGUUCUAACAAUCAAGGACUGUGUUGAAGCGGGUAGUCUUGCCGGGAAACCUCCCAAGAUUCAAAAUUUGCAGAACGGUAUCGACAGUUUUUUCAACAAGUACGAAGCUGGCGUGUUGACUGUGCGAGGAAACCUAAAUCUAGCUAUAUGGAAGGUUGAUAACGCAUAUUAUACUUUGAUACCUGAUUGGUCUACUACUACAGAAGAAAAUCGUGAAUCUCCAAAUACUGUAUCUACGAUACCGCGAGUGAUUAGGUUUAAGGACACGCGUCUUCUCGUAGAAUAUCUUCUGUGCCAUUUGGGAAGCGAAGGCGAUUAUCAGAUUACCGCGAUCGACGUACAGGACUGGGAUAAACCACUACCUUGGGAACUCGAUCCUAGUCCGGCGAUUCGACGGGCAAAUCUGCCUCCUUUCAACGCUUACAGAAAAUUACGAGGCGAAGCGCGUGCUAUCUUGCGCGGAAGCUAUCAUCAGGGCGACAAGAUCUUUCCAGAGACGCUGCGCGGUCGACAAACAGCAGCAAAUUGCGUUGUUGCGCUCGGUAUGUCGGUUGUCAAGAGUCCCGUUACUUGGACAAAGAAGACUAUGGACGAGAUCUUAGCAAUUGGCAGUAGCGUUCAUCAAGAGACAAGAAGAAACGUAUCUACCGAAUUGAGACCGAAACCGAAGGACAUUAUCAGAAUAUUUCAUAUAGGUGUUAAUAUUUUAACCGUUGACGUCGAAUCUAACACCGUGACUGGUCUGAUUAUACCUUUUGUCUCAGAAGAUAAUAAAAAGGAUCAAGAAGAGGCAAAAGAAAGGACUGACAAAGACAAAAAGAGAGCGACUCGACGAGAACAAUCGCUAUCUUCUCCAAUUUUACUCGAGGAAGGUUUGCAAAAAUUUUUUCACGAUAAUCGGGCCGGUAUUCUAGUAACCGAUCGCGGUAUGAUUGCCAUUUGGAAGGAUCUAGGAGUUUACUUCAUGUACGAUCCUAGAGCCAAAAGUGAUCAAGGUCUACCGGAUUCCCGUGGAACCUCAUGUGUAAUGUGGUUUGCUUGCAUGAAACCUCUAUACGAUAUAAUUUUGGCGAAUAUUGAUUCACAUGAGAGACGUGGAACUUUCGAAAUUUGUCGGGUAAUCGUAAAAAACGUCAUGCUCGAAGCAUUGCCAUGUCCAGAUGGUUUUCAACCAUAUUUGGAUCGUACCAUCCCAAUUACCUAUCCAAUUAUCCUUGAAAGGACAGUAAUGUUAAACGUGGAGCCGUUGAGCAGAUACAAGAUCGUGGAUGAAGAGUUAAGCGUUCUGCAUGGCAGUCUGCACAUGAAUCAUCGCGCCUUCAGCUUGAGAAACAGGGGUCUGCAGAGUACAGCAAUCGCGGCGGUCGCCGUUGUAGUUGGAUUAUUGCAUGUGCCAUCCACGUGGACCUCCGAGCUGAUCGAUGCGGUGGUCAGGUACGGCGACUCGUUGUACUCGGAGAGUGCCCGAGUCGCUCGAUCGGGUGUCAGAAACCUAUCGCCCAGCGAGUUGCUCACCGUGUUCAUCGUAGGUGAUUCGAAGGUUUCUAUUCACAUUCACGAGCACACUACCGCAGGAAUACUUGACGUCUUUGAUCUGUAUGAGGCGCUGACCAUGUUCUUCCGCGCCAAUUGUGCUGGAAUAUUACACACAACCAACCUGGCAGUGGCUGUGAUGCAGUAUUAUGGUAAAUUCUACAUGUUCGACCCAUGCUCAAGAAACGAUCGGGGUAGACCCACAUACGACGGCGCUGCGUGUAUGUUCAAGUGUAACAGUAUCGUAAAAAUGGCCAAGAUAUUCGUAGCCAAUUGUAAUCUCAAACGGCCGAACAUAUACACUUUGAACGCGGUAAACGUAUUGAGCCUGCAUUUCUUUUCGAUCACGAGAAACGUUUCUCCAUCUAAACAUCAACAUUAAGUCUUAUUUCUUAGUGACUUUUCCUUCUUACGAUCUACCAAGUAGAUACAGCGAUAUGAAAUAUCUUAAAGUCGUAAUAAAUCUAUGUAAAAGUUUCAGAAUUUGUGAAAAUAAUCCACGAUUUUCAGACUGACGCAUACAAAACUUUCGCGUUUUGCUGAACGAAAGAUAAAUGGAAGUGAGAAAGAAUUCGUACACGCGGCCGACAACGUUCUCAAAGUGCUAAUUUUAUUUAUAGGUUUUCUUUAUGACACAAAUCACUUUUAGCAUCUACAUGAGUAGGAGUACAGACUAUACGAGAAUGAAUGAUACAGAUCGCUUAUUAAUGUAAAUACAAUGUUCCUUUUUCUCAAUUACACGCGCGCUAUCAGCCUAGAUACUUAGAAAACACUGUACAACGCAGCUGAGAACUGUCGAUUGAUACUAUACAAUAUGAUACAAUUAUUCUUUUGAAGCGAGACACGAGCUUCGAACCCGUCUCGAUCGGCACGAGCUUGGUCACCCCUCGUCACCGGUGGAAAGGGGUCAUCUGCGACUCGCAAGCAAAUCUCGAUACCCUCUCUUCUCAAGUAGACUGUAGGCCGUAUCGAGCGAGUUUGCUCGCAUUUCGUGUCCCAGGGAUACAUUUCUCUUUCCAUACCCGGUAACGUCGAACCACGAACGAGUGAUCUGCCACCGAAUCCUAGGUGACAUCGCCUUGUCGGUCCUAAUAGAGGGAAAGGGAGACAGCGAGCGAACUCGAGAUAGUCCAUGACGUUUUCUUUCCUCGUAGGAAAGGCGAGAGAGAUACCGCUUCUCUCGUAGCAUCGAAGAAAAAUCGGUCCCGCUCGCGUGUCACUCUUAUAGCGGUCAUCGCCAUGUACAAGUGCACGUACGAUAAUGAAACAAUCUCGCACGAGACUUGACGAGUCUCGUUUUCGCCAUACUACGUCUCUAUUGCCGCCGCCGCCUCCUUUUCUCUCGCACUUGUCUCUCGUGAGACGUUGCUGGUUGUCCUUGUCCCGUACUUAUUCGAUAGGUAGGUACUUCGGUUCUUCGAUCGAACGUCCUUGUACGCGCGAGAGUCUACAUUUCGAUCGUAUACAUACAGAUCGUUCAAUGAAACAAAUUAACUCGCGAAAAAGUUUCUACUAAAUGCCAUUUUCAGUCUGUUAAUGAGUUCGAUCGACAAACGAAGAAGGCGGGAAGGAAAGGAGAGAAUGUGUUGACUUGACGAGUGAUAAGGGCGAUGGAAGGAAGGAGAAAAAGGCGAAUUCGCAUCAAUAGCCUAUGCUUCACGGCCGACAGAGAACCAAGUUGAAUGAAAUAUAAAUGUCAAAAAACAAUAUGUAUUAUCAGUAAUAUUGGCAUGACGUUGUUAUGGCACGUUUAAUUUGCUGCUAUACUCGGCGAUGCGUUCCUAUAGCGGCUCUUGCCGUGUUCGCUGUAUAAACAUCGAAUCAUUUCAGUCGAUGAAA